UAAACCUCUUUGGCUGGAGUAGGGUCCGGGUGAGCAGAUUUCCUUAUCCGGGAAUCGCAGGCGGGGCGGCCAUUGGCUCGGAGGAUCACGUGGGCGCCUAACUUUGUUCACUUGACAGUAAGUAGGAGGGCUUUCGGAAACAGGAAAACGAGUCAGGGGUCGGAAUAAAUUUUAGUAUAUUUUGUGGGCAAUUCCCAGAAAUUAAUGGCUAUGAGUUCUUUUUUGAUCAACUCAAACUAUGUCGACCCCAAGUUCCCUCCGUGCGAGGAAUAUUCACAGAACGAUUACCUACCCAGCGACCACUCGCCCGGGUACUACGCCGGCGGCCAGAGGCGAGAGAGCAGCUUCCAGCCGGAGGCGGGCUUCGGGAGGCGCGCGGCGUGCACCGUGCAGCGCUACGCGGCCUGCCGGGACCCUGGGCCCCCGCGGCCUCCGCCACCACCCCCGCCGCCCCCGCCACCGCCCGGGCUGUCCCCUCGGGCUCCUGCGCCGCCACCCGCCGCGGCCCUCCUCCCGGAGCCCGGCCAGCGCUGCGAGGCGGUCAGCAGCAGCCCCCCGCCGCCUCCCUGCGCCCAGAACCCCCUGCACCCCAGCCCGUCCCACUCCGCGUGCAAAGAGCCCGUCGUCUAUCCCUGGAUGCGCAAAGUUCACGUGAGCACGGUAAACCCCAAUUACGCAGGCGGGGAGCCCAAGCGCUCUCGGACCGCCUAUACUCGCCAGCAGGUCUUGGAGCUGGAGAAGGAAUUUCACUACAACCGCUACCUGACGCGGCGCCGGAGGGUGGAGAUCGCCCACGCGCUCUGCCUCUCCGAGCGCCAGAUCAAGAUCUGGUUCCAGAACCGGCGCAUGAAGUGGAAAAAAGACCACAAGUUGCCCAACACCAAGAUCCGCUCGGGUGGCGCCGCAAGCUCAGCCGGAGGGCCCCCUGGCCGGCCCAAUUGAGGCCUCCCCCCACCCCCGCGCUCUGGUGCCCCCCACCCACGCAGGAGCCACGAACCUCAGGAUGGGGGUGGGCAGCGAGCGCGGGGGAUGGGGUGGGGGGAUGGGAGGGGGCCCGGGGCCUGGGCCCCGGAAAAACCUAUCUGCCCUCCCCUCCUUUAUAUGCGAAUAAACGCAGAAGAGGGGGAGGGGAAGCUUUAUUUAUAGAAAUGACAAUAGAGGGCCAUAGGGAGCUCCCCCAGAAGCAAGAUUCAAAUCUCUUGCUUUCUUCCUUACAAAAGCAAAAAACAAAAAAAAAAAAAAAAAAAGAAAGAAAGAAAAUAAAAAGCAAGAAGGAAGAAAGAAAAAGACAGAAAGAGGAAUAGGAGGAGGCCGCAGCUCCUCGUUUUCAGCUUUGGCGAAGAUGGAUCCGCGUUUCAUCUUUAAUCACGCCAGGCACAGGCCCAUCUGUCUUGUUUACUCUGCCGAGGAGAGGACGGGCCUCGGUGUCGACCAUUACCUCGACACCCGCUAACAAAUGAGGCCCGGCUCGGCCGCCUCCGCCUCUGCUGCUGCCGCUGCUGGAAGACAGCCUGGAUUUCCUUUCUUUGUCCCCCACUCCCGAUACCCAGCGAAAGCACCCCUGACUGGCAGAUAGUGCACUGUUUUGGCCACGGUAACAAACACACACACGCUCCCUCAUCCUCUGUGCCUCUUCACGGAGGGACAAAAUGACUGUUCACCCACUUCCACCGUGGGAUUGGGGGUGGGGAACAGAGGAAGGGAACAAGUAGGGGAGGGGGUGGCCUUGACAACUCAGGAGUGAGCAGGAAAAUUGAGUCCAAGGAGAAAAAGAGAGACUCGCAGACCCGAGAGGCCCUUCCUCUGGAAGGCCAAGCCAAGCCAUACCUGGCAGGGUGAGGGGCCAGUUGGGUUCUGGGAGCUGGACCUGACUCUGCCAGUCCAGAGUUGUACAGCAGAGGCCUGUCUCCUAGACUGAAAAGGAAUGUGAAACUAGGAAAUACAAUGUGCCCCUCCCAGUCUGGGAGGAGGAUGUUGCAGAGCCCUCUCCCACAGUUUAUCAUGUUGCAUCGUUUAUUAUUAUUAUUGAUAAUAUUAUUAUUACUAUUUUUUGUGUCAUGUUCGUCCUCUCUCCUCUUCUCUUUCUGACAUUCCAAAACCAGGCCCCUUCCUACCUCUGGGGCUGCUUGAGUCUAGAACCCUUCGUAUGUGUGAAUAUCUGUGUGCUGUACAGAGUGACAAUAGAAAUAAAUGUUUGGUUUCUUGUGA